CAGACACCCCGCUGAGCAGGGAGCCUGAUGCGGGACUCCAUCCCGGGACUCCGGAAUCAUGACCUGAGCAGCAGGCAGUCGCUUAACCAACUGAGCCACCCAGGCACCCGCAGUGUAGCAACAUCUUUAUAAAGUACUGAGAGAAAAGCAAAACCAGUUACACCCCAUGAAACGUUCUGCAAAAAUAAGGCGAAAUAAUGACUUUUUCAGACAAGCAAAAGAUGAGAAAAUCUAUUGUUAGCACAUCUGCAAUAUAAUUAAUAUUGCAGAAAGUUCUUCAGGCAGCAGGAAGUGAUAACAGAUAAAAAGUUGGAUCUGUGUGAAGGAAUAAGGAACACUGGGAGUGAUAAAUCUGUGAGUAAAGGUAAAAGAUAUUUUUCCUCAUUUUAAUCUCUUUAUAAUUGACUACUUAAAGAAAAAAAAUAAUGUGGGAUUUAUAACAUAUGUGGAAGUAAUAUGUAUGACAACAAUUCCACCAAAUGGGAGGAAGGAGAUGGAAGCAUACCAUAGGAAGGCCCUACACGCCUGUGUGAAGUGGUAUAAUAUUUGAAGGUGGACCAUGAGAAGUUCAAGAUGUACAAUGUAAAGCCUAGAGCAACCACUAAAAUGAAAGGCAAAUAAGUAUAGCAACUAAGCCAAUAAUGUUUCCAAUUAAUAUUCACAAAAUAUAUUCAGUUAAUCCAAAAUAAGGCAAAAAAUGAGAAAGAAACAAGAGGUGAGAUUAAUAGAAAAAAAUAUCAAUAUGGCAGAUUUACUUGCAUUCAGUGUAAAUGGUCCAAACACUCUAAUCAAAACAUAGAGAUUGUCUGAUGGGAUUAAAAAAAAAAAAAAAAAGCAAGCCUGGGUGGCUCAGUUGGCUGAGCAUCCAACUCUUGGUUUUGGCUCAGGUCAUGAUCUUGGGGUGGUGGGAUUGCUCCUAUUGUCAGGCUCUGUGCUCCACAUGGAGUCUGCUUGUCCCUCUCCCUCCCCCUGUUUGCUCAUGCUCUCUCUCUCUCUCAAAUAAAUAAAGAAAUAAAAUCUUAAAAAUAAAAAGCAAGACUCAACCAUAUGCUACCCAGAAGAAAUCCAAGUUACGUAUAAAGACACACAGAUAGGUUAAAAGUAAAAGGAUGGAAAAUGACAAUACCAUGAAAACACUAGUCAAAAGAAAAGUAGAAUGGCUAUAUUAAUAACCAGCAAAGUUGAUUUAAUAACAAGCAAUCUUACCAGGGGAAAAAAGGGACAUUUCAAAAUGAUAGAGAUUGAUUCAUCAAGAGAUCAUAACAACCCUAAAUGUAGAUUCACUCAGUAUCACAGCUUCAAAUUAUAUGACACAAAAACUGAUAGAAUAGAAAGAAUAAAAAUAAAUGAAUCCUCAAUUAUAGUUGGAAACUUCAACAGUCCUCUCUUGGUAAUUGAUAAAAAAAGAAGACACAAAAUCAGCGAGGAUGUAGAAGACAUGAACAACAUUAGGAAGAAAAUUGACCUAAUUAACAUUUCAAAAAUAUAUGGAAUAUUCAUAAAUAAGGACCAUAAAAUGGGCCAAGAAACAAGUCUCAAUAAACUUAAAGGGACUGAAAGAAUAUGAAAUAUAUUCUUUAAAUUAAUUAGAAGUCACAGAAGGAUAUCUAAAUAUUUGGAAAUUAAACAACUUCUAAAGAACCCAUGUAUCAGAGAACAAAGCAUAAGUUAAAUUAGAAAAUAUUUUGAACUAGAAAGGCAAGCCACAAAAUGAGGGAAAAUACUUGGAAAAUAUAUAUCUGAUUAAGGUCAUUAGUGCAGAAUAUAUAAAGAACAUUCACAGUUCAAUAAGAAGACAAACAAUCCUCCUCCACCAAAAUGUGAACCCUUUGCUAAAGAAGAUAUACAAAUGGCAAUUAAAUACAUGAAAAGCUAUUCAAAAUUAGUAUUGGGGAAAUGCAAAUUAAAGCCACAGUGAAAUUCUCAGCCUGCAGCUCUCUGGCUCCGGCUGUCUCCUCCUCUCCUCUGGGGCUCCACCAUUGUGGGUCCCUGGCCCCACUGGCUGCUCUCCACCCUCUUGCUACUCCACACCUGUCAGCUGCACUUUGACCCUGAGCUGCUGGGCACCUGGGUCUUCCAAAUGGGCCCCAAUAGUUCCCAACACCACAUCAACUGCUUGGUUAUGGGACCACCAGGAAAAAAAAAAAAAAAAAGUGGUGGUGCACCUUGAGAACUUGGAUACAGCAUGUGGUAAUUUUGGCCAUCUCACUAUCAUUUGCAAUCAAGGCUUUGAGAUUGUGUUAAAUGACCACAAGUGGUUUGCCUUUUUAAAAGUUAUUCAAUAGAGCAUCUGUUGAGGGGUUCUUUUUAAAAGACAGACAAAAACUGACUUUGGGGCGCAGAGGCAGGGCAGCAUGCAGCCGUGGACCUGCCUGCCUCUAACAGCUAGCAGAGGCCACUCGCCCCUACAUUCCCUUCUGGAGUCUUUAUGUGCAUGUUUUAAUGUUGAGGAAUCCUGGCAACCUACCUCCAAGUCAGCUGCCCUCCUGAACAUUUCUCUGGAAAGCCACAACUGCCAUUUUGAAAUGGGAACAACCAGAGACUACACAGGAAAAAGAAAGAAAAAUCUGGAAGUCUCAGGUGGCUUCACCACUCAGCCUUUGAAUAAAAGGAAAAAUAUGCAACUCAGAGAGUAUGUUUAUUGGCUACAGAUGUUAAGCACUUCACUAAGGAAUGGAAAGCAGCAAGACAGAGUAUGUACUUCACCUGAGUGGUUGCACAGAAACCAGUUGUCUCUGAACCUUUAAGAACUCAAGUGGAAAAUACACUUAAAAAUUUAAAGGACAGAGUCAUAACAUACAGUUUGAAUUGGAAUGACUGCAAGAUUGUUUCAGGAUUAUAAGACUUCUGUCUAAAAGAAGUUAAUAAAAGGAGUAUUAUGCAUGACAGAACCCCCUUUGAGAAUUGCAAUGUGUCAUAAAUGGAUUUAAGUGCUUACUGAAUAUUUUCGGAUUUGCAGAAGAGACAGGACUGUGUGGCUUCUCCCUGACAGUGAUCUCAUGUCAGUUUCUAGAAUUCUACAGAAUUGUUGUAGAAUUCUGUUAUGUAGUCGGAGGGGGAAAAUGGAAGAAUCUGUAGCUGGAGGAUCCUAUUCUGACAGCAGACGGCUCCCUCACAUACAGCCAGAAUGCCUCCCACUCAGGCAGAAAGUGUUAUAAAGAAUAUCAUUCGAGAAAUAGGACAAGAAUGUGCAGGCCAUGGAGAGAUUGUUUCUGAAACUCUGGCUGCUUUUAUGGUGAAAGCUGUUGUCUUGGACCCAAGUAAUGGCUUUAACAUGGAUAGACCCCUCAUGAAAAGUGAUGUACAGAAACUCGUUAAGCUUUGUGUGUCUCGGCUGUUGGAUAGUAAAAAUCCAUCCCUGGACACCAUUAAGAUGCAAGUCUACUUUGAUAUGAAUUAUACAAGUCGAGAGGAAUUUCUUGAAGAACAUCACCGAGUCUUGGAGUCUAGGUUAGGCUCCAUUAUGAGAGAAAUCACGGAUAACAGAGCAUGUGCUAGAGAAGAACUGGAAAGCCUCUACCGUAAGAUUGUCAGCUACAUCUUACUGCGCUCUGGGCUGGGAUCUCCUACCGAUAUCAAGAUUGUCAGAGAGGCAACAGCUGCCCUGCAGAGUAUUUUUCCUCAGGCUGAGCUUGGGACAUUUCUAACACUUUCUAAGAAGGACAAAGAACGCCAACUGAAAGAACUCACCAUGAUUGUUACUGGGAUUCGCUUAUUUAACCGAGACUGUGGAAAGGGAGGAGAAGGCAUUGAUGACUUGCCAGCCAUUCUGCAUGAAGCAAUCCCAGCCACCACGCAGCACAUUGAUUCCCAACUUCAGACUGCCCAGGAGCAGGCCUACCGCUACACGGCCGUCCUUGAGAAGGCAGCCAACAACCCGCUCCUGCGUACAGAGCUUCAGCCGUGUAUGUUAAAAGAAGCACUGUAUAAUGUGCGGCAGUAUGAGGUCUUCCUUCAGAUCAUUUUGUCAGAUAUAAUUACCUGUGCUCAAGAAGUAGAAAUGAUGAUAAAGCAGUUAGGAGCCCAACUGGAACAAUUAAAAAUGAUUGUAAAAUCAAAGACAGCUGUCCCAACGUCACAAGUCUUUCCCAUCUUCAUCGCACUUUCCAACCUGUGGACUAGCUUCCAGGAUGAAACUGUUUUGAUUAGUGUCCUCAGUAAUUUAACAACUCAUCUUGAACCAUUCCUGGGUGCUCAUGAGCUACUCUUUCCUGAGAAAGUCAUACAGAAUCUUCUUGAUGGGCUGACUGUGAAAACUGAUGUGUGUAGGGUGAAGGAACACCUGGAAGAUAGAGUACAUCUGGUGGAUUUCAGAAAACAAGAGUGGCUUUUCCCAGAAACAACAGCAAAUUUUGAUAAAUUGUUAAUUCAGUAUCGAGGAUUUUGUGCUUACACAUUUGCUACAACAGAUGGUCUUCUCCUUCCAGGAAAUCCAGCAAUUGGGAUUUUGAAAUAUAAAGAAAAGUAUUACACUUUCAAUACCAGAGAUGCUGCAUAUUUAUUUGCAGAAAAUCCUGAAAAUUAUAUUGAUUUAAUUAGAGAAAAGGCCAAAAAAAAUACAGAAUUAAUUCAGCUCCUGGAGCUUCAUCAACAGUUCGAAACCCUCAUUCCAUAUUCUCAGAUGAAGGAUGUUGACAAACAUAUAAAACCAAUUACAAAGUCUGAAAGUAGCACACAGACGGAUACGCACAUAUUGCCACCAACAAUUGUGAGAUCAUAUGAGUGGAAUGAAUGGGAAUUAAGAAGAAAAGCUAUAAAAUUGGCCAAUUUGCGUCAGAAAGCUACUCACUCAGUACAAACUGAUCUCAGUCACAUGAGAAGAGAAAAUUGUUCACAGGUGUACCCACCCAAGGAUGCUGGCACGCAGUCUAAGAGUGAAGGCAGCAGCCGCGUGCCCAGGCCCCAGAUUUACAUAGCUGGUCUCCGUGGGGGACAGGGUAAAGUCACCUCUGGGGUCAAGGUGAACUUAACUAGAGCUGUUGAUGAGACCUAGUUAGAGACUGAAUUUUUAAAGUAGAUCUCACCAAGUUAUGAGCAGUGGCAAAUAUUGACAAGUAUCUUUGCAUCCUUUAAAAUUAGUUAAUUUUGUGGGUCUGGCACAUUCAUCGGUUGUGUGAAUGUUUUCUGGAUUCUCAUGUAUAUUCGCUGUCAGCCUGCUACAAAAAACUAAAAGUUGUUUCUGUAACACAUUUUGCAUUCUAUUAAAAUUGAAAAGUAAAACUCUGUCCACUCAGCUUUUAUUUGUCAGAAAAGGUUUGGCAGCAUUAAAGGCUGAAAUUAUGAUGCUCUUUAGAUAUUAAUAUAUUUAUAAGAUUGUGACUGAGAUAGAAGCUUAUUUAUUUCUAAAAUCACAUUUAAUGUUAAACAUUAAAAUUUUAAAGGCUAGUCAGUAUUUUCAGCCUCAUUAGCUAUUAAAUGUUAACAUAGAUUAAAUUGAUGUAUAAUAAGACCUCGCUAAUUUGGAAUAAUUAGAGCAGAGGUCCACGUGAAUUUUAAAAAUCUGGGAAAUUUUACAUAAAAUCUGGAUUUCUGGCCCCUUGAAAAAAAUCAGAAUAUUUGGCAGUACUUGGCUAGUAUUCCUGUGAAUAGUAGCUGUGCUCUUUCGUAGGCCAGGCACUUCCGGUCCCCCUUCCUGCUGCCUUGCCUUAUUUGCCUGACCCCAUUGGCAGUUGCGUUUAGGGCCCAUGUGAAUUACUGAUAGCUGAAUUUUAGAGCUAUAAUUUUAUUACUGUCUUACAUAAUUUUAAUACCAACUCCUGGAUAAUAAAGACUCCCAGGUGGAGAGACUGUUAAACAUGCUUUAGUGAUGAGGGGAUCAUUUAUAUUUAGUGUAUUUUUUCCUGCCUUGGUGACCUUUAUUAAGGUGUUUAUAUAAUUUGUUUUCUAUGUAGGUUAAAUGUUAUUUAUAAUAUGAAUAUGUUUCAAAAUCAGUUUUCCACAUAUAUCAUAAAGGUAAACU